AUGGCGAAUCUGGCAGAUGUUUUCACUGAUAAAGAAAGGACGAACUGGCUGAAGGCAUGGCUGGCAGUAGAUAUUGCGAAGUCUGGCUUAGAACAGUUCGCAGAAAACGAGGCAAAAGCUGCACGUGAAAUUGACAGGAUUGUUCGUCACUCGUCUCAGUGUAAACUCACAGACGCAGAUCUCCAGGAUAUCUUCACAACACUGACUAACCUGCUGUCUGACCCAACGUGUCUAGCACAAGACGUCGCAUCACAGGAAGCUGUAAAGAAAUUAGCAAAGCUGCAAAACGACGGAUUGAAGAUAACUACCGAGGAAAUGAUGCAUUUACUACUUGCUGUUCAAGAGAAACUUAAGACAGUUGACACUAUAGCUGAGAAGACUCUUGCCGAGAUACGGAUACACACGGACAAAUGUAAACGAGAACUUGAUGAACACACUGAAAAAUGUAAAAUGGCACCUGAAAGUGAAAGAGACUACGGACAAUCCUGUGAAGAUUUUCUAGGACGGUUGAAAGGAUACUACAAGAAAAAAUUGGAAAUGCUACCUGUUUCCCCAAUAUGGUAUGGUCGCGAGAAAUCGAUUAUGGAUAUAUUUGUACCGAUACAAUUUCACCGUGUCGCAAUCGAGAAAAAUGGAUCUCGAAGAAAUACGGAACAAAAGGUAGACACAUACAAGGAAAUGUUUUAUAAAAACACCACAUUGAGAGACCGAGUAUCCAUACAAGGAGAUCCUGGAAUGGGUAAGACUACGUUUCUUGCUAAACUGGUCCUUGACUGGUGCGAUUCAGACUCAAAAGAUCCGGAGCCCAGCUAUCUGGUGUUUUGA